AUGACGUGGAAGGUGCCUUUUCAUGCUCACUCCCCCGUUCCUCUAGGGUGUUUGCUCGCAGAGAGGUCGCCGCUUCUGAAACAUGCAGCAUUUUCUUCAGUCAACUUUGAGAACAUCUUCCAGUGGGAAAUGGGGGCAGAGGCUCCCCCGGGCACAGUGUACGACGUCCAGUACAAACGGUACGUGGCCCUGCCAUCUCCCAGCCCCUGCUGGACGUGGCUCUGGGCUGAGCUUCACCGACCGCUACUACGCCAGAGUGAGGGCCGUCGCCUGGAGAGAUUCGACCCCCGAGAAGACACUACGAUUGGAAAGCUGGAGGUGAAGUGCUUUCCUAAAGUCACGUCCGUCAGGUUUUCCAUCCAGCCCCUCUACACGCCUGUGAGAGAUGAGGAUGGCAGACUGCUCACUGUGGAGGACAUCUACAGCCGGAUUGGAGCCAUCAGUUACCACAUGGUGCUCUUCAGCCAAAGGUCACACCGAGAGUGGGAAAGCAACGAGCACAACAAAGAAUUUGAAGUUUCCAACCUGACCCCGGACACUGAAUAUAACGGGACUCUGUAUCUCAAGCACUUAGAGAAAAGAAGCAAGCCGUGCGUCUUCCAAGUGAGAACGUUACCGGACAACAGCUGGCUCCUCUACUGCCUGGGCGGAGUCACGUGUGCUGUGGGGCUGCUGCUUGUGACAGCCGGGUACGUGAGCUAUAAGUACACCACGCCGCGCGCCGCCUGGCCCAAGGCUUUGGACUUGCGAGGGAUUUCAGCCUUCCAGCCCCUCAUGCUAACCGUGGAGCAUGGCAUAAGCCCCAUGCAGGAUUUAGCCAAACCUGUUCCGUUCGUCCCGGAUAUGCCGCCACCUAUAAUCCCUUUGUCAAAAACUGGCUAUCAGCAGCAGGUGUUUCUGCCCGUCGUUCAGCCAGGCAGCCGAGCGGAUGGUUUUCCUUCAGUGUACACGCCCCAGAGAACCCAGGAAAAUCCACCCUGCGCACUGAAGAACAAGCCUCUGGCCUUGACGUACGGAGUGUGCGUCGAAAGCUCAAUGUGCAUCAGUUCUCAGCCAGACCCGACGCUGCAGGACGUCGUGAGCGGCCAACUCAAAACCCAGCCUGCAGAGGAGAGGUUCUGUGAGGAGAACUACAAGGCGCAGAGGCCUAGCCUGGCUGCGAGAGAAUUAUGGGAAGGCCACGAUCCUGAGGUGAGAGGAUCUGUGUUCUCCCUGGAGCAAGCACUGCCGCUGAUGCUCCAGACAGACUAUGGGGAAGCCAAGCAGCCCCAGCUCCAGUCCUUGUCUCUGCAGCCAGACGGAGGAAACUACCAAGGACAGAUGGCAGGCCUGCUGCCAUUGCACUGCUCCGUGACAGCAGACACAAACUCUGUCUCCGAGGGCAGGACUCCGUCCUCAUCCUCCCCCUUGCUGAAAUCCGUCUGCACCUGGGACAGCCGCCCCGGGGACCACAGCACAGGCCAGCUGACGUUACCAGACGCGCUGUCCCUGCCUGGAUGGCAGCCUCUGGACUUUCAAGCGACAGACGUGCUGCUGGCAGCAAGGGAGCCAGCCUGCCUAGAACAAAACCCCUUUGCACCCCAGGCCUCUGGCCCCGACCAGGACAGUGACAAGCUUUUCACUCUCUUGUUCAGAGACUUGGAGUUAAAGCUGCAGUGGGAGCAUGGACAGGAUGAAAACACGCUGAUGUGUUAAUACAGCAUCUCUGUGGGCCAGAUGCUGCCAACCUUGCUCCCAUUAAGCAGUGCCCUACGGGGCAGGCAUGCUCCCUGAACUAAACCGGGUGGCUGGCUGAGGUACCAAGCCACAUGCGUACGAGUGUUAGUCUGGCUGUGUGUUUCAUGAGCCUGGGCGCGUUUAGUAACGGCACUGCUCCCAGGAAAGCUGCUCUUUGCACUUUAAUAAUACCUAGCUCGUCACUUCUUGGGCACUGUCACAGUGAUGAGUUGGCCUAUUUUAAAACUAGAGAGAGAGCCUCAGCCCAGAAUCUCUGCUCUAGACUUCAUCUGGAUCAGAACUUCCUCGGAGUCACCUCUAGAAACAAAUCUUGCACCCAGAGACUCUCGUGCCCGCCCGUUGCCCAGAUGUUGACGGCAUUUUAAACUUGAGUGGCAGAUUUUGUUUAAAGGGUGGAAACUGGAGGCUGGACCUGAAGUCUCUUCAUUUGUUUGUGGGUCUCCUGUCAGGUGGAAUCUGCGGCGGUUCUGAAUCCAAGCUGAUGGACAGGAGAGUCCGUUUGCAUUGUCACGGGGAACACAAGGGCUAGUUCAAAGUGCACCCUUUUUCUUUGGCUUUUGGCCAAGAUGCUCUGGAACAUCCACUGAUUACCUGACACCUCCUGCUCCUGCCCUGUCUUUGUAGGAGGAACGCCUAAGGCCUCCUUUUCCAGCUGUCAGAAAUGAGGGCUGACUAAGAGCAACUAAAUAAAGAGAUGACACGAAAUUGCAGUGAAGGGAAUAGCUGCCAUUUCACUGGCU